GAAAAAGGUGCUGCACAAAAGGUUACUGGCUGUGCCCUUGGUCCUGAUUGGAUUUCAUCUCUUUCAUUCGAGAGUGACUCCGAGGGACGCUCUGUGAACAUUGUUCGCAAUGUGGAAGUUCAAGCGGUAACCGAUGUCGAGAAUGGGUUGAAAUUGUCCUUAAGCAAUGGAACUGAGGUCCAGUGUGACUUUGUAAUAUGGGCUACUGGCGUUGUUCCAGCUACGAGCAUAUGGACGGAUAACUGCGAUGAACUGCAAAUUUCUCAUGCUGAUGGAGGAAUAGUUGUCGAUGAUGUGAUGCGUACAUCUAUUCCUGACGUAUACGCUUGCGGUGAUGUAUGCAGCAUAUCAUUUAGUGAACCGUCACCGUUUUGGAAGCAGGUAUGUCAGAAGCCAGAGUAUAAAAGGUUUCCAACUGGUUUUCUAGUCGGUGAACAGAAGCUCGCGAAGAUUUCCAGUCGUAGACUUUGUUUGUGCCGUAACUGCUGUAUGCAAAGCUUCUCUUAUGCACGUUGUCCCCUUCCAUUCCGUUCACGGGCACAUUUCACGACGUGA